AUGGAAAGUAAGGACGGAAUAUUAAAAGGAGCGAGUCAAGCGGAGUGGUUUUUCACGAAAGCCAAAGUGGCCGUGGCCGUGGCUAUAAUAAAGAGCAAGCCGUCAGGUUUGAGUGGCAGAGAGUACGCCGAGGCUUUGGCCUGCAAGCUGAAGAAGCAGGAUGAAGGCUGGAAGGAAAAAGCCCAGGAGCUGCAGCAGGAGUUGCUGAGGCUGCGACAGGAGCUGCUGAUCACCAGAGCGACGUCGAACACCAGGAGCGGCACGGAGGCAGCAGAUCAUGACGACACAGCGGACUGUGCUUCGCAGGACAUGUUUGAUCUAAAGCGUGAGGCGUGCAGUGCAAACCCUCAACCAGAAUGUGACUCAGAGACUCCUGAACUCCUGCAACAGGACGCCCAACCUGCCGUCUCUUCCCCUCAGCUUCCAGUUCCCUGCAGUCAUCACAGAUGUCCUGGUGAGAGGCCCAUGAUUCCUCAUGUGCAGUUCCUCCAGACGCUGUGCGCCCUCCACCGAGUGGCAGGGAACAACAGAGGCCUGGAGUCACUCUGGUUCCGCCCUGAUGGGGAUGCAGGGUCAGUGUUGGUGGACUCUGUGUGCCAGCUCCUGGACUCGGUGGUGGCUGCAUGCAGGGAUCCCCCUCCACUGGGACCUCCCGACCUCAUCCUGCAGGCCUGCCAGGUCACAGCCCGAGCAAUGGACCUCUUCUGCUCUCAGAAGCUGCCGUCUGUAGAGUUCAUGAGACGGGUGGAGGAGUCACUGAGGGAGCUAACUGGGAUGCUGCUGCACUGUAAUCAGCUCAGUGGGCUCGCGGCUGCAGAGAAGCUGAUGGAGUGCCUGAUCACGCUGGGGAGCAGCAGUAUGUCAAAGUCCUUUCUCAUUCGUCACAUCCUCUCUCAGAUCAGCACUCUGGCUGAUCAGCUCUGGCAGGCCUUCCAGGCACAGGAGAGUUCAGGGCUCGAGAGGUUUCCCGUGGACCAGUAUCAAAACUCGUGCCACCUGUUCUGGAUCCUGGAGGAGCUUCUGCAGAGGUCAGAGGUACCGUGCAGGGUGGAGGUGGGGUCUGAGCAGAUGGGCCUCCUGAGGCACUUGGAACAGCGCGUCUUUCUAUUGUCAGAUGAGUUUCCCUUGUUUUCCAUCUGCAUGUGGAGGAUAGGAGGUCUCCUCACUUCCUCGGACAGAUAA